AUGGUGUCUUCGGCUGUAGAAAAAAUUGAUCGCAGCAGUGUCUACGAGAAAGCAUUUGAUGCAGCUGGGACAUUUGGUCGAGCCCAGUCGUACAACGGAUGGCAAGCAUUCAUUGCAGUCUUCGCUACUUUAAAUGUUGACUUCCGCUGUGCAGAUUCCGAGAACCUCUUAAUUCAUGGAAACGAUUCCGACAUCUAUUUCGACAACAAGUGCGUCGAAAACUGCGGAAUUUACAUCUACGACUCGUCAGUAUCUUCGGUUAUCAGUGAAUUCGAUUUGGCAUGUGGCUCGAAAACAUUCUUGGCUUCGAUGUCCAAUUCGGCAUUUUGGAUCGGUUAUUUUCUGUCGUGUUUUAUAAGCGGCGCAAUUGCGGACAAAUUUGGACGCAAGAUGGUGUCGCUGAUUCUUCUUAGUGUUCUUGGGCUAAGCUCUCUGACUACGGCGUUUAGUCCUAGCAUAUACGUCUAUAUUCUGAUGAGGAGUAUUUCCGGCUUCUGUUCUCUCAAUUUCAGCAUCGAUUUUGUCAUUCUUGCGGAGUCAGUCGAUAAGAAAUAUCUACCACUAAUUGGUUCAACGAGUAUCGUCAUUUUCUCAAUCGGAGGGGGUGUUUGCGCGUUGUCUGGCUAUAUUUUCAGACACUCGUGGCAACUACAGUUUGUUGCACUAUCGAUACCGACUGUUGUCUACUUUCUCCUUCAUCUCUUCCUGAUGCCAGAAAGUCCACGCUGGUUGGAAUCAAAUGGGAAAACAAGACAGGCAGAAGAAGUUCUAAAGUGGAUUGCCAAGUUAAACGGAAGAGACACUUCUUCGGUCACUUUACAGACCCGAACAGAGACAAAUGUUUUGGCAAGUAACGAUCAAAAACCGUCAAACGAAACCAAAAGUGAUGCGUGCGAAGAGAAAACCAACUCGGAUGAACGUAUAAGCGCCACUGAGAAUCGUCACGGAAAUAAUAUUUUGUCGCUUUUCGGCACUUUUUGGGCGGCGAAUUUGACUCUUUGCGGGGCUUUGUCGUGGUUUGCUGUUAGUUCGGUCUACUAUGGGCUUACAUACAAUGUUCAGCAGAUUGUGGGUGACGUUUAUGUUAAUUCGUUAGUGCUAUCAGCUACAGAGUUACCCGCUUGGUUUGUUUUUGUUGCCAUGGAUAAACUUGGACGAAAAACAACUUUAUGUGCUUGUUUAUGCAUUGCAUCUCUAGCAUGUGUUCUUUUACCGUUCACGCAGAAUUUUUACGAUGGAAAACUGCAAAUAGUUUUCGCAAUGUUGACGAAACUGUUUGCAAACGGGGGCUUUGUAAUGCUGUUUAUUUAUUCUCCCGAACAGUUUCCGACGGUUUUACGCAGCACUGGACUUACGUUUUGUUCGUCGGCGGCGCGAUUGGCUGCAAUUUUGGCGCCUUUCAUUAUCGAAAUGGACGUUGGACCGUAUAACUGUGCGCCGUUUAUUAUAUUCGGCUCAUUUGGACUAUUAUCAGUUUUUAUGGUGUUUGUGUUUGGCGUCGAAACGAAUAGAAGACCGUUUAUAACUACAGUUGACCAGUAUUAUGAAGUAGCAAAAGCGAGAGAAAUAAAAUUACACCAAGAAAGUUCGAACUGCGAUGAAAAAAUUGAAACAUGCAAAAACAUUUGCACAACUGAAAACAGGUGUUGAGUUUCAUAAUAUAUGAAAACAAAAUGCUGCCGAUUACAGUUUGAGAUUUUUCUACUGAGCUUUAUAUCGCUGAGAUUUUCCGACGUGUGGUUUGUUUUUGAGUUAAUAUUGAUCAACACCAGUUUUUCAUCAGAGCACGCAUGUCAGGGUACCUCCGUUAAUGUUGCAGCUCUAAACUC